AUGGCUUCCUGCCGCCAUGCUGGACUACUGUUGGGUGCCUUGGCAGUGGCGAUUUCCGCCGCAGCAUUCUGGAAGGCUUCCGUGUCUGAGACAUCAGCUGGACUGGGUUCCGCCCGCAGUGAAAGCAUGGCAUAUGAUGGAUCCUUCUCAGCUCCCACUCCAGCUCUUGCGGUCCAGAGCUGCCAGGGGCCGAGGUUGAUCCUGCACGUCGGACCCGGCAAAACGGGGACGUCUGCAUUGCAGGACUUCUUGGUGCAAAGGGCGACGUGGCUUGACGAGGAGUGGGGAAUCGGCGUAGGCUUUCGUCAAUCGAAGGCCGCUGCCUAUGAUCUCGCUAUACCCCUUUGCGAAGAGAACAGAAUUGAGAAGGACAAGUGCGAACCCAAGCAGAAUGCAGAGAAGGUCACGGAGUCUGUUCAGUACAUCAAGAGCAAGCUGCAGAAGCGAUCCCUCGUGGUCGUGUCCAGUGAGGAGUUUGCUCGACCUACGUUUUCCAGCACAUCCUGGCAGUGCUUCAAGUCCCUCGUAGGAUCAGGGGCCUGCUUCAGUGUGGUGGUGGUGCACCGGAAUGCCGCAGCAUGGAUGGCAUCGGUAUGGGCGGAAACUAGCAAGCUUCACAGUGCGCCGAAAAGCUUCGAGUCCUUUAUGGCGCUCUUCGCCGGCCAGCGCGGGGCGGACGUGCGGGGAGAUUCCGACCCGCAGCUGCAGAUCCUCAACAAACUGAACGAGGAGUUCCCGGGAAGGGUGGAUGCCGUGUCAUACGACUAUUUGGAGGAGGUGGGCAGUAGCCUUUCCGCCUUCUUCAUCUGCAACGCCACUCUCCGGCUGACUGGCGAGCCAUGGCGUCGGUGCACGGAAUCUGUUCCGAGUCCGAAGACGGUCAACAAAUCCCCACUUCAUGCAGCCAUCGAUGUGGUGCGGCUGGCACGGACAUACUACACAGCCAGGCGCGCAGCCCUGAACGCAACGGCUCCCUGCCAGCCUUGGCCAGUGGUGGACCUGCGGAAACGCGGAGUUCAGUCGAACCCAGCAGGGGUCUUGAUUGCUUACAACAAUCCAGCGGUGGCCGAACUUGCAAAGCAGCUCCCCCAAAAGUGCGAAAUUCUGGAUGGUCUGUUUGAGAGCGAGACGCAGACAUGGUUUGCUCGAACAGGAGCAGAAAGGCCGCGAUCUGGUUCCAAGCCUAUUUGCACUGUAGACGUCACUGCGAUGACGCCGGAGCACUGGCAACUGCUGGGCGGAUUGGUGCCAAAGUGCUACCAGUAG